ACGAAUCUACUGAGACUGAAAGCAACCCUAUGAAAAAUACCAAUAUUAAUGAUACACCAUCAUUAGAAUACAGAGAUGUUACCGGUGAAUACUAUAUUUCAGCAGAUAUAGAAUCAAUUUCAGCAGAAGAUAAUCAUGAUGUAAAUUCUGAUAUUAAUACAGUGCUUUUAGAUAAUC